GCCCUUCCCACCUCUCCUUACCUGUUGCCCUUCCCACCUCUCCUUACCUGUUGCCCUUCCCACCUCUCCUUACCUGUUGCCCUUCCCACCUCUCCUUACCUGUUGCCCUUCCCACCUCUCCUUACCUGUUGCCCUUCCCACCUCUCCUUACCUGUUGCCCUUCCCACCUCUCCUUACCUGUUGCCCUUCCCACCUCUCCUUACCUGUUGCCCUUCCCACCUCUCCUUACCUGUUGCCCUUCCCACCUCUCCUUACCUGUUGCCCUUCCCACCUCUCCUUACCUGUUCCCCUUACAUGCUGAUUGUCAGGGGAGGGAUGGGAAGGGGCAGCAGGAGGUGAAGGAUUGGCAUGUGGCGUUGCAUGAGCGAUCGGACGGCAGUGCUGGCGGACUUUGCAUUGGCUAAAGCAGUGACUGACUGGCCGACACAUGCGGAGUGGUCAUACCGCUGCUAUUACACAUCCACGCCUCGCCUGCGCCUUUCAGGAUCUCACAGCAGUGCUGGCGCGCUUUGGGCUGGCCAGAGCCGUGACGGACUGGGUAACACAUGCCAACUGAGCCGCAAGACCGACACCGGACUCGAUUUAGGCAGUUCCUGAUAUCUGUUCCGUAGGAAUACGCCCUAAGAAACUCAACAAGUGGCACACAAUGUGAGGGGGAGAGAAGCAGCAUGUCAGAGUCGUACAAGGAAAAAUAACACCACAUGGCAAUCAAGGUUGAAGUGUUGGAUUCAAAGUUGUAGUACCCUGGGAUCACCACACGCU